GUCGAUGGAUACGAUACGUACCUAACCUAAGGUAUCUACUUCUGUUUAAUUCAAACUUCUUACCUCCGAACCAGAACCAGACCCAGAACCAGAACCCUUACCUACUACUAUCUUUUUUUCUUUCCCCACCGUGACCUUUCACUUCGUUAUCUUUUUCAAGUCAAUUCAACCUUAUCUUAAUUAUCCUUUCUCCUCUAUUAUGUUAAAAUAGUCUCCAUCUAUUCUCUUGAUACUAGAUAUCUGGUUUCAAGGGUUUAAAGGCAUUGGUGGCAUCUGUCCUUCUUUCGGAGGCAGGUUGUGGACCUGAUAGAAAGCCGAAGCCAAAGCCGAAAACCGAAGCAAAAACAGAAACAGAAACAGAAGCUAUAAUGGCCGACAAUGCAUCAAGCUCAAGACUCCUAUCGCCUCCUAGAGUCAACAAUGGUAAGGAGAGAAGAAACCCAUCUAUUACUCCAAGGAAGUUCCAAAGAUUCUUCACUCCUCGGUCUCGAGUCCCUACGCGAAUCAGUCCGGCAAGAAAAGCUCUUCAGGACCUUGCCGCCCCUGAGUUGAACCGUUAUCAAACGCCUGCUCCCUCUAGUCCCUUAAGACCUUAUUCUGAAGAACAUAUUCGAGAUGAGAAUAUCGAUGCUGUAGAUGCCCCAAUACCAAAGAGACGAAAGUUCAACCAUACUCCCGACUCUUCGCCUUGCCGACCCCCUUUAGCUUGUCAGCCGAACCAUAUUGGAUCCGAUGCAUUGUCAAAUACCCGGUCAGCCUUGCUCAGCCCAAUUAGAUCUAUUCGCUCUAGUCAGGAGGAUAUCGAAUUGGAUGAUGAUGAUGAUGAUAUCAGUGAGGAUGAACUCCCAUCGUGGCCAAAGCCAAUCAACCGACUCGUACCUCUGACGAGUCGGGGCCUUGCCGGCCAACUUGCGCAAAGACAACUAGGGGGAAUGCCUCGAGCUGGAUAUUCUUUCAUGUCUUUCCCCACCCCAGACUGGCGAAUUGAUACUGCCGACUUUUACAGCAAGCCGGAUGAUGUUCACUCAUGCAACAGCCACGAUAGUCAAGGCCGAUGUAUACCAUUUUGUGUGGCCGCCUGUCAUAAGAAUAGCUUGACCGCAGUAGGAGAUGAGGAAGGCCGCGUUCGUUUGCUUGAAUCAUCUGGCAAUCCGUCCGAGCCCUUUCGCAACAUUCAUCUAUGCUUCCAGGCCCAUACCAAUGCUAUCAUCGACCUGUCCUUCUCUAACGACGACUACCGUCUAGCUACUGCGUCUGGCGAUCAGACAGGAAGAGUUAUAGAUAUGAUAACACAAACUCCAAUUGCAAUUCUCCAAAAUCAUACAGCGUCUCUCAAGCAAGUUCGUUUCCAACCAGGUAAAUCCGACGGCAGCGUUCUCGCGACGUCUUCUCGUGACGGCAGUGUUCAGAUAUGGGAUCUUCGUUGCGCAGGGAAGCCAGUACAGGAUAUAUUGGCACCAGAGGAACGCGAAAUCGCUCUACGAUACCGUUGCCCGGCCCCCAAGCAAGGUUGCGCGGUAAAUAGUCUAUAUCACGCUCAUGCACGUACAUCACGUCAAGCUCAGCAGGCAUCUAACCUCGGACCUGGGGAUAUUCCAUCGCAUCGCGAGCUACCAAACCGAGUAGGCGAUGUAUCUGUUACAGCACUUGAGUUCUUACCUUCAGGACAGGAGCACUUGCUGCUUACCGCUUGUGAGGCAGAUGCCUCUAUCAAACUUUGGGAUAUCCGUGCCAUACACUCUUCACGCCAGAAAGUUCCCUCUCCAUUAUCGGUUACUACCCCACCUUCUUCGCAUCAGCAUUGGAGACCCUUCGGGAUUUCGUCCCUAGCGCUCAAUACUGAUGCCUCUCGACUAUAUGCGGUGUGCAAGGACAAUACUGUGUAUGCAUAUUCAACUGCCCACCUCAUACUGGGACAUGCCCCAGAGAUGUCUACACGGAACGGCGAGCCACCCCGACGACGACACAAUGCGGUACCUCAUCAAGGUCUAGGCCCGCUGUACGGAUUCCGGCAUUCGUCGUUUCACGCGGCCAGCUUUUACGUCAAGGCUGCCGUUAGGCCUACCCGUGAUGGUAAAAGCGAGCUCUUAGCCGUAGGGAGCAGCGACUGUUGUGCCAUGUUGUUUCCUACACAGGAACGAUAUUUUAGAGAUGAUCUUUUAGGUGCGAUGGGCUCUCUAAGUUUGGAAGACUCUACGAUAGGUGUUUCUCAGCAACGACCGGCAUUGAACUUGAGCUUCUCCUCUAUCGACUCGAAUGCCACACGCAGGCCGCUGUCAAGGACCAAUAGUAUCGCAAAUCUCUCUACCAGACUCAACGACGAUAUACCUAUCGUUCGAAUGGGAACACCGCUAGUGCGUGGGCAUGAGAGCGAAGUUGGCGCGUUGACCUGGACGAGCGAGGGUAAGCUUGUGACGGUGGGUGAUGACUUUUUGAUUCGGUGUUGGAGCGAAGGGAGAGACGAGGCGGCGGACCUGAGGACAGGCGGCGAGACGGGUGGUCGACGUUGGGGGUGCGGCUGGGCGGAUGUCGGAGACGAUUGGGACCAGGCCGAUGACGAUGAGGAGUGAAAAGGUGGAAAGUUAAGGCCGACAUUAUGGCAUGGCGUCGGACGGGAAACAAGUAUUCAGCAUUGAGCGUUAUAAGCUCUGGAUUAUACCCCUAUAUUUGCUUUAGAGCUUGACAGAUAAGCUCCUUUCUGUGUGUAUGAGUUCAGAUUUAAUGAAACCCCAGUACUACAAAAGUCGGCUUUUUAAUCAUUCGACGUUAGUCUAGCUUUCUGGUGAACGUUUUGAUGCAGUAUGAUGUCGAUGUUCCUGCGGUGUGAACCCUUAAUGCUAUGCGCACUAAGCUUUCUCGGACGAAGUCUUGAUGAAAAGUAGUUGAAGCAGAAGCUUAAUGUUUUCUAUAGUGGUUCGAUUUCGAACUACACAGAUUGUUGCUGAGUAUGGUAUAUACAAUAGCUAUGGAAGAGUAGUUUAGGUUUGAUGACGCAAGUAAAAUGCAAGCCCGACGCCCAAGUCUAACAACAUAGGAGGUAGUGAUGCUAUAUCAUCGGGUCAUGCUGACUUUACAAGCUAAUUCUGCAAGAUCUCGACAUUCCACGCUAAAGCAUUCUGCAGUAAGCUCUUAAAAAUCCAUAUCAUAAGUUAGAGGUGGUCAUUAUACCUCCCUACAAAUAUACCUACA